AUGUCUCUACCUAAGGAUGUCCCGGACGAGCAACCCCACGCCAAAGUCGAAUCUAUCGACCUGAAGAUAACUGUUUGGUUUGGUUUGAUGCUUGUGCUCAUUCUCGACUGCGGGAUGCUGUCGGCUUAUCGGGCCGGGAAAUACGAAGUGUGGCGCCUCGCCGACACUGGUUUUGGAGAGAGAAGGUCGUUCUUUCGCUCGUUUUGCGAGGAAGGCGACCCGGACGACGACGGCCCGUGGUCUGGGGGUUGCCGUAAAAUUAGCGGAAGACGGGGGCAUGUGGGAGAUAUGUAUAUUGCCUUAUCUCCCUUCGAUCUCCCUCUCGCUUUCUCCUUUUACCUGUCCACACACGCAGUCAAGAUGUCUGAUUCCCUCAUUGUCAUCCCUAAACCUCAAACAGUAGCGCGAGUUGUGGCACAUACUAGCUCUCGCACGGCAGUAUCACUUCUGAGUCAAAUGCACUUGAAACCACCACAGUUUGGAGAGUUUGGGUCUUUAGUGCGAGCUUCAGCUCGCAGACACCUCGACCCGGUCAAGUUUUAUCAUGAACAAGAUCCUGAUUGUGUCGAGAAUCAUCGGAGGGAUGUCAUCCUUCGAUGGGAGGAUUCAGGACGCUAUGAGGAUGCUUGGCCUGUCGAUGUUUACACUACCAUCUACCUGAAGGGUAUGAUGGUUCAUAAUAAACAAAAAGACCACCCGGUUCGCAGUACACCCUACCAGCACUCGUACUCAGAUAGGACUACACCGCGUCAAGAAAGUGUGGUGACAUCUCUCCCAUCUGGAGCAGUAAGGCAUUCGGCCAAAGUUGGCCACAAACAGCGGUCUACUUUUGUGCCUGGAGCUGUGCAACGACCACUUCGCAACAGAUAUUCAGCUUCUUCGACUACUUCGUUCCCACCCCAAUCCUCUUCGCCGACAGCGCGAAGUCGAACAGCGAUAUCGGAUUCGACUAUUGUGAACCGCAACACUCUAGAGCCAGCUUCGCCAGCUGCCGAUGACCCUAUUGCUCAGUUUGUUCAUCGUCUAGCGCUAUAUGAGGAUGAGGAUGAAAAUGAUCUCGUCAUGAAAUUCAAGGAUGUUGGCGUCGUGAACAAGCGUAGGCUGAUAUUGCUUGCGAACUUGCCUAACCGCGAUUUUUGGCUGAGGAAAAACGUUCCAUUGUCUCAAUUUGAUUUUGAUGUAGUCGUGAACGGACUGAAACAGCUUCUUGAUUAUGAUGUCUCUCCGUCCGCUCAUAAUCUCCCUCCACCAACCUCGGGUCCUCUUUCGUCGCACCCUUCGUUUACUACCUCAGGCAAAAUGUUCAAGAGUGGGCCGCCCGUAUGCGACGGAGGCUCAUCUAAGCGCAGACACAUGCAUGAAGCCCUCAUCAUAUGGCCAGCCAGUGUUCCCAUCCCAUCCGCAUAUUGGUCGAAAGGCGAACUCACACCGGGCAUACCAACCGAGGAAUAUGAGCGGAGACGACGUGCGCUCAUGCAAAACCUCCCGCCGAACAGCGUUGUUGUAUGUGCCGCUGCCUCGGUCAAGUACAUGAGUGAAAACAUCUUCUACAAGUACCGCCAGGCAUCCGAUUUUUGGUACCUAACUGGAUUUGAGGAGCCUUCAUCCGUGUUGGUUCUACUUUCCGAUCCCUCCUCCUCUCGCGGAUACACCUACAUACUCUUCCACGCACCAUCUUCGGCCACGACAGCGCAGUGGGAAGGAGCAAAAACAUCGCCUGAAGACGUAGUCCGCACAUUCAAAGCGGAUGACGCUAGACCCAUCGAUGAACUCCCAAGCGCACUGCACAGCCUGCUGGUUCGUAGAGACUACGUGUAUGUAGACUUGCCAUUAGGAAAUGGUUCGGCGAGGAGUCGUGGACGAACGGCGUCAACUAGAUCAUUGUUGAAGUAUUUGACCAAAACUUCUCAUGACAAUGAUGCGCUGCUCGAUGUAUUGAGUGGGAAUGGACCGACAGCAAAACGUCGUCCGCUGGCACCUGAAGUCGGCCGCUUGCGUGCUAUCAAGAGCGAAUGCGAGCACCGGGUUAUGAGAGAAGCUGCAGAUAUUAGCGCAAGAGCUCACGCGAAGACAAUGCGUUUUGCACGCCCAGGGCUGUCGGAACAUGCCCUUGCAGCACAUUUCGAAUAUAUGUGCGCGCGGGAAGGUGCACAGCGUCCGGCAUAUGUUCCCGUAGUCGCGUCCGGGCCGAAUGCGAUGGUGAUACAUUAUACGGCCAAUAAUCAUGUUAUACGCGAUGGUGAGCUCGUGCUGAUUGACGCAGGGUGCGAGUACAAUGGAUACGCCUCGGACAUCACUCGAACAUUCCCGGCGACCGGCCACUUCACUUCCUCCCAGGCUGCGCUGUACUCUGCUCUGCUUGCAACACAAAAGGCGGUUGUGAAAAUGUGCACCGCCAAAGCCGGCCUUUCGAUAUCCCAACUGCAUAGAAGGUCUGUCGAUUUGCUUAAGACAGAGCUUCGUCAGAUCGGUUUCGAUUUGGAUGGGAUGAAUGGAGAAGCGAGAAUAUCGGAAUUAUAUCCGCACUCGGUGGGACAUCCAGUGGGCAUAGAUCUACACGAAUCUAGUCAUUUUGAACGCAACUCACCAAUCAAAGCCGGGAUGGUGAUCACCGUCGAACCGGGCGUUUAUGUCCCUCCUCUAUCUCACUACCCAAAACACUUCCACAAUAUCGGCAUGCGAAUAGAAGACGAAGUUCUCGUUGGAGAGGAGCACCCUAUCGUACUCAGUGUGAAUGCCCCCAAGGAGAUUGCUGACGUUGAAGGAGCUUGUCAGGGCAUACUGGGCCUCGAGCCGUUCUAG